ACAAAUCUCUGAAUAUCUGUGGAAAGGGUACGCUCACAAAGCAACCGAGUUGGAGUUGAACAACAUAGAUCGGAAACGAAUGUGGUUUUUGCCAUUAGGAGUUGUCGUUCAUCCCAGGAAACCGAAUAAGAUACGGCUGGUGUGGGAUGCAGCAGCUAUGGUGGAAGGCGUAUCUUUCAACUCAAAACUACUAAAAGGGCCCGACCUACUGACUCCCCUCCCUUCCGUUCUUUGCCGUUUUCGCCAGUUCCCCGUGGCAAUAUGUGGUGACAUUAAAGAGAUGUUUCACCAGAUCUCUAUUCGUGAGCAAGAUCGUCCGGCACAGUGCUUCCUUUGGAGAGACAAUCCGACAAACCCUGUGCAGGUCUACAUUAUGAACGUCGCCACCUUCGGUGCAACCUGCUCACCUGCAUCUGCACAAUACGUUAAAAACUUGAAUGCAGAGGAAUACAACGAAGAAUAUCCCCGAGCAGUCACCGCGAUCGUUGAAAACCAUUAUGUCGAUGACUAUUUGGACAGUUUUAUGACCACCGAAGAAGCUGCAACUGUAGCACAGCAGGUGACAUUGGUUCACUCGCUGGGAGGAUUUGAAAUAUGCCGUUUUCGCUCCAACUCCACUGACUUCCUCCGCAAAAUAGGUGAACCGACUGCUGGCGAACCGAAAAACUUGAUGCUGGAAAGCGGUGCCACUAGAGAGUCCGUACUUGGGAUGUCUUGGGACCCCAUAAACGAUUGCUUUUCCUAUUCGUUCAAUUUGCGGGACGAUAUACGUUCAGUAAUAGAUGAAGCACACAUUCCUACAAAAAGGGAAGUCCUGAAAGUCGUAAUGAGCCUUUUUGACCCACUAGGACUCGUUUCUCACUUUCUCGUCCAUGGAAAAGCAAUUAUUCAGGGAACUUGGGCUGCUGGAACUGGAUGGGACGAGCCUAUCAAUGCAGACCUCAAUCAAAAAUGGCGCCAAUGGGUAACACUCUUCCCGAAGCUCAACGAACUGAACAUUCCCCGGUGCUACUUCGUGCCAUUUCCGCCCAACAUCGACGAUCUACAAGUUCACACUUUCGUUGAUGCUAGCGAUAUAGCUUAUUCUUGCGCGGUAUAUUUUCGGCUAGUGCAUGAAGAUCACGUUCAAACAGCACUGGUGGGAGCUAAAAGUAAGGUUGCCCCUUUGAAAACAUUGUCCACUCCUCGGCUAGAGUUGAAGGCUGCAGUUCUGGGAGUAAGAUUUGCAGCAGCAAUUCUCGAAUACCAUUCGCUUCCGGUAUCCAAACGAUUCUUCUGGAGCGACUCCACUACUGUGCUUGCAUGGAUCCGGUCCGAUCAUCGAAGGUUCCACAAGUUUGUAUCAGUUCGGAUAGGCGAAAUCCUUACUUUGAGCGAGCCACAGGAAUGGAAAUGGGUUCAAUCCAAACUAAACGUUUCCGACGAUGCAACGAAGUGGAAAAACGGACCUAAUCUAGAUUCGAAUAGCUGCUGGUUCAAGGGUCCUGAAUUUCUACGCCUGGACGAAAUGGCAUGGCCAAUGCAACGAUCCACAACCACAACCCUUGAGGAACUUCGACGUGUCCAAGCUCACUGGAACAAUGAACCGGCGGUGGAUUACUCCAGAUUCAGCAGCUGGACAAGACUUCAACGUACGAUGGCGUACGUCAUACGCUUCAUAGAUAGAUUGCGUCGAAGAAAUGUCGCGCGGAACUUCAAACGAGAAAUACUCACUCGAGAAGAACUAUCAAAAGCGGAAAUUCUGCUGUGGAAAGUAGUACAACAGGAAACCUUCGCAGUGGAACGAUCGGUAUUGGCAAAGACACGGGGGGAUCCAGAUGCAAAACACUCUGCUGUUUCAAAAUCGAGCUCACUUUACAAAGUUUGGCCGUAUAUGGAUCGUCAAGGAGUCCUGCGAAUGCGAGGCCGCAUAGGUGCGGCGAGUUAUUUGCCGUUUCAAGCAAGAUAUCCAGUAAUACUCCCCAAGAAACAUCCAGUAACUACUUUGAUCGUAGGGCGGUUUCAUCGUCUUUAUCGUCACUCAAAUCGAGAGACGGUCGUUAAUGAGUUGCGACAGUAUUUUGAAAUAGCAAACCUGAGAUCACUUGUGCUAAGGGUGGCCAAAGACUGCGCAUGGUGUCGCAUCAACAAGGCUUUUCCAAAACCACCGGUAAUGGCACCUCUUCCCAAGGAAAGAUUGGAUCCAUUUGUAAGACCCUUUACAUACGUUGGCUUGGACUACUUUGGACCCGUUUUUGUCAAGGUGGGCAGAAGUCAGGCAAAACGGUGGAUCGCUCUCUUCACAUGCUUAUCAAUCCGAGCCGUGCAUAUGGAGGUCGUGCACAGUUUAUCAACCGAAUCGUGUGUCAUGGCAAUCCGAAGAUUCGUAUCACGCCGUGGUUCGCCUGCUGUGUUCUACUCUGAUAAUGGUACUUGCUUCCAAAGUGCCAACAAGCAACUGUUGGAGGAAAUUGCUGCUGGAAACGAAGAGCUUGCAUCUACUUUCACGAACGCUACAACCGAAUGGAAGUUUAUUCCGCCCGCUACUCCGCACAUGGGUGGUGUGUGGGAGCGUUUAGUGAGAUCGGUAAAAACAGCAGUUGGCUUGGCACUGGAACAUCCCCGCAAGCCCAACGAUGAAACGCUAGAGACUAUAAUCUAUGAAGCCGAAGCAUUAGUGAACUCCAGACCGCUCACAUAUAUCACCCUGGAAUCAGCAGACCAAGAGUCACUUACGCCCAACCAUUUCCUUUUGGGUAGUUCUACAGGAAACAAAAUCGGACCAAAAGAUGUACCUGAAUACGCUACUCUCCGUAGCAGCUGGAAGAUGGCCCAACAUAUCGUUGGAGAAUUUUGGAAAAGGUGGAUAAAGGAGUAUUUGCCAGUAAUAACACGCCGAAGCAAGUGGUUCGAGGAAACCAAGGACAUAGUUGAAGGAGACCUGGUUCUUAUUGUGAAUGGAUCUGGACGAGCUCAAUGGACUAGAGGACGAGUGGAAAAAGUACUUGUAGGCAGCGAUGGAAGAGUUCGUCAAGCGAUAGUACGAACGGCGAAUGGAACUCUGCGGCGGCCUGUAACGAAGUUAGCGGUGUUAGACGUCGAGAAAGAGCGUGAACCUACGAGACUUCAGGAACAUCCAGGACAUCACCUAGGUUCACGGGCGGGGGUAUGUGCCGACAACACCCCUCGGUGCAGCGACGCCGCCUGCAAAGAAGCAGACACUUUUCAGCAGGCCGCACUGGACCAACACGUCAAACGUGACAGCAGGCUAGAUAAAGUGUCAAAGGACCAAUACUAGGGAAUGUUAGUCUGCAAGUCAUCAUAACGCUGUUUUGCUCCCUACGAGACAUCGUGAAUUUCUAAGAGUUAAUGAAAAUUUAUUUUGCCUAUUACUAUUACUAUAAAACCGUUUACUAAAUCUUGAAUUCGAGCCUACAUCGUGUGCUUCGAAUCAAUACUAAUCAAGUAAACAUACCCACGAACGCUACCGAUACGAUUCCUCAUAAAUCAAUAGUACGUUCACUAAAAUCGUAAGUUGGCCAUAUAUUUGUAAAUUAGUAUAGUUUGCAUUAAUAAAACUGAAUUUUUAGCUUGAAGCUUACACCACCACAAAGUGUGUCUGCUGUCCAGAAUUAGUGUCGUAACCCGUACCAACAACACGAGAAAGACACUACCCUCGAUAGGUGGAUUAAUCUGUUUUUCGGUAGUUGCCAACAUCCGAGUUACGAAAUCAAAACAGAAAAAGUGUUGCCGUUCAGACGGCUGUUCACUCUUCGCUUCUCUACCUAUUUUCUCUGCUGUAACCAUUUAUUGUCCCAUAUUUAUUAAUAAUUAGGGAGCAACCAUAAAUUACGUCACGCUUUAAGGAGGGAGGGAGGGGGGUCCGCAAAGUGCGACGACACAUUGGCAUUGCUAUGAGCCCAAUUUACGAAACGUCAACUUAGUUUUUCAUACGAUUUACUAUGGGAAAAAAAACCCCUUGAACCCCAAAAAUAAGUCGAUGAAUGAUUUAUGUAGAAAACUUUACGAGGAAUCAGACCUCCGAAGACCGCAAACCGAUGCGACGUUCGUGGAAAAAUUAUCGUUAUUCCUUACACGCUAAACAGCGUUGACAUGCCAUUUGGUUUUCAGUCAAUAACUUUUUCCACAUGUCUUAGAUCACUUUGCGGAAUUCGUAGGGUUGGUUUCUCGUAAAAUUUCCAACAGAAAUCAAUCAUUGAUUUAUUUUUAAGGGUAAGGAGCAUUCUGUGGCGAUUUUUCUUUGAAAAAUGUUUUUCUCCAUAGUAAAUUGUUUGAAAACUUAAAAAGGCUGGCGCUUAGUUUCUCCGAUCGAGCUGAAUUUUUUUACAGUUGAUAUGGGGCCAAAAUGGAACUCAAAAAGUGUACAGAAGUAAAAUGUCUUUUUGUGUCCCACGCUAAAUCAGGCCAAACAUUUCAAUAGGUCCUAUCUGCAUUUGAGAGGCUCUCUUUGUUCACUUUCUCUUUCAAUUAUUGCAAUGUAAUGGUACACUUUUCAACUAUUUUUGCAGUACAAAUCAAAAGACGAUUGUUUUGACCAUCGUUCAAUGCAAGGAGACAAUCAUAAUACAAAUAAACAGCUGAGAUAUUAACGAAAGAGAGGGAAACCAAAGAGAGCCUCUCUUCUGCAGAUUGAACCUUUAGACAUGUUUGGCCUGAAAUA